UAUUACUGUAUCUGAUUCACUUGUAUUUCUAUUCAAGAUCUUAGUAAAACCAUUAGUCAAACCCCAUGUAUUCCUCUUCAUUUUUUGUUCAAACAUCUCCAAGCUCUCAUUCAAGCCAUUUGCUAAUGGCACCAAACCAUAAGCGCUUCUACGAACUUGGAUCUCAGGUUCUCACACACAUAAAAAACCAGGCAAACCCAAUUCAUCAGCCAGCACAGCCUACUUCAGAGUCUGCUUUUCCUAUAUUAGCCAUUGCUGUGCUAUGCAUCAUGGCCACAGCUUUCUUACUAGUUAGCUACUUUCUUUUUGUGACCAAAUGCUGUUCAAACUGGCAAGAAGUUAAUCUGCUGAGAUGGUUUUCUGUACUGCGCGUCCAAGAAAGUGAAGAUCCCUUCAUAGCCUUGUCUCCAACAAUGUGGAAUCAUGGACUUGAUGAAUCGGUCAUUCGUGAAAUCCCAACAUGUCAAUUCCAAAGAGAAGACGAGGAGAAAAGAGCGUGUUGUGCAGUUUGUUUGAAUGAGUUUCAAGAACAAGAUAUGCUUAGAGUUCUUCCCAAAUGCAGCCAUGCAUUCCACUUGGAUUGCAUUGAUAUAUGGCUUCAAAGCAAUGCCAAUUGUCCCCUUUGCAGAUCAAGCAUUUCAGGCAGAAGCCGGUGUCGGAUUGAUCAGAUCAUUGCACCAAGCUCUUCACCACAAGACUCUCAGCUCCUGUCCCAUAGCCACAUGAGUAGUGAUGAAGACUUUUUGGUUAUUGAAUUGGGGGGAGAAGAUGAAGUUACAUUACCACAAAGGCAACAAGAAAGAAAUGAUUCACUACAAGUUCCAGUGCAGCCUAGAAGUCAUUCACCAAAGAAGUUGGAAAAGAAGCAUGAAAACUUAAAACCAAGAAAGUUCCACCAUGUUUCAAUCAUGGGAGAUGAGUGCAUUGAUGUAAGAAAGAAAGAUGAUCAGUUUUCUAUUCAACCCAUCAGGAGAUCUUUCUCAAUGGAUUCUGCAGCUGAUCAACAGCUUUAUUUAAUCGUUCAAGCAAUCAUUCAACAAAAAAUGCAUCACAACGAGGUUAGUACAAGUGAAGAUUGUGAUAGCAGAGGUCGAAGAUCGUUCUUCCCAUUUAGGCAUGGCCGAGGAUCUAGAAAUGCAAUUCUUCCUAUUGAGUGUGAGCUGUAAUAAGACCUAAUUUUAUUUACUUUUUCAAUUUUCACAUAUUUAUUUUGUUCAUUUUUUGGUUUUAGGGUGGACAUGUUGGAGAUUUUAACAGGCAAUUGAAUAGUUACACAAAUAGAAGAAACGAGUGUAGAGUGAUUUUAGGCCGAAAUCAUACAUAGUGAGAAAAGUUAGACACAAAUGGAUUGCUGAAAUUUAGGCAUGGGUUAGAGAAUCAUUGCUUAAACAUCUAAGGGUUGAUUAGAUCGUCCAUGUUCUACUUCCUUCAUGAAUGAGAAUGAUUGCUUUUAUUCUCCUUUUAUCAAUAGUUGGACACACACGCAAUGGAAGUCAGAGUAGACGGGACCUAUA